AUGAUUAAACCAUAGAUGAUCGAAAAUUUGGAAUACUUUAAAUGUAUGUGCAUGAAGGAUUCUGCAGUCACUCAUUUAAUCUUGGAUUAUUAAUGCCCUUAAGAAGAAAGACUAAUAUGUGAAUAAUGUUAUACAGAAAAAAAAUAAUAUGUUUUAAAAAUGAAAAUUGAUGAGUUUAAAAUAUACUUAGACAAUUAAUAAAGAAAUAAGCUUGCUACAUUUGUAACUUAUGUAUAAAAGUAAAAAAAUAUUAUUGAAUCAAUUCAACAACGCCUUCAAACUAUAAAAUAAAAUUUUAUGGAAAAAAUUGAUCAAUUCUUCAAUAUAACUUUUGAAUGGAUUUAAAGUUUAGAAAAUCAAAAAACUAAUGAAGCACAAUAUAGCUUCUUAUAAGAAAUUGAACAGUUCAUAGAAAAUCAAAAGGUACCUAAAAAAACAAAUUAUGAACCUUAACAUUAAACAUAGAUCAAAGAUCUUAAUACUUUUUAUGUCAAUAGUGUAUAAUCAUAGUUGAAUUAAUUAUAAGUAAUAUGUGAAUAUACAGAUAUUAAAAGGUAUUUAAGAGAUAUUGAUGAUAAUACUAAAAAAGAAUGGAAUUUAAAUUUGGAACGUAUUAGUAGUAUGAAACUUUAGUAGGCUACUGUAUCUUUUGCAAUGACAUUUAAUAAAAAUAACUCUCUUUUAUUGAUGAGUUUGGGUUCAUUAAUAAAAGUAUUUAAUUUUAAUAGAGGAGAAGUAAAAUUAAUAUAAACUCUUUCACAUAUUUUAAGAAACGUUACUUCUUUAAAUAUUUUUGAAAAUGAAUCUUUAUUUUUAUCAACUUCUCAUGAUUCAUUCUUAAGAUUAGAAUCAUUGAAUCUUCUUUAAAGACCAAAAUAUCUUUAAAAAUUAAAAGGACAUAUGGAUGGAGUUCUCUGUUGCAAAAUAAAUCCUUAAAAUACAGUUAUUAUUUCUGGAAGCCUAGAUAAAACUAUAAAAUUUUGGUCAUAAUCAUCUAAUUCUUCAUGGUAAUGUUUUUAGACAAUAAAAGAAUUAAAUGGGGCAGUUUAUGAUUUAUCAAUUAAUCCAGAAGGAAAUUAAGUAAUAUCAUGUGGAUUUUCUAAUUUUGUAUUAGUUAUUGAAUAAAAGGAACUUAAUAAUUGGAUGGUUAAAUAAAUAAUCUAAGUAAAUCAAAUUGGAAGCAAACUCACUUAUAUCAGUAAUAAUAAAUUUGUGUUCUAACCAAGUAUUUCUUAAAUACUUGAAUUCUAUACUUUAAACAAGGAAACUGGAGAAUAUUCAAUUACUUAAGAAUUGUAAUAGAGUUAAAUAAUAUUUGUAAGUCAAGGGGCUUCAAGAUAACCUAUUAUUUACAAUUUUAAUAAAAACUUUAUCAUGAACUAAGUAGGUGAAGUUUUAAACUUUAUUAAAUUAAAUGAUAAUACGAAAUAAUUAAAUUAUUAUUAAGCCCAUUUAGAUUAAUUUAAUGAUACCUAUAUAUAAGGUACUUUAAAUAAUGAAGGGGCAAUAUUAGCAACAUGGACUAAAAAAUCAAGUUGUCUCACCAUUUGGAGAUGUUCAUUCUGA